UGAGAGGAACAGGAAGUGUUAAAGCGCUCCAGCCUAAAAACACAAAGGGUACAAUUCAGAUUAGGGCACCAGAACUAAGUCACAAUGAGAACUCACCUGAGAACUCAUCAACAGAAAAGUAUCGUAUCUUCACUAUAGCUCCUAAAUCAGUGGCACUUGCUUCCAUUAAUAUUGGUGUUGUUUUCUAAGGUUCUUAUCUGUUUUCUUUCAUGUGCAAUGUUGACCAGAAAAUUAUGGCAGAAACAGACAUGGGGAAGGACAUAAAUUUGGCGUCAAAAUAUUAAGAUUCGAUAUUUAAACAAAAGAAUAUAAACCAUGUUCAUCCUGUCAACUGCUGAGUUAUUUUCAAUCAGAGCAGUAUUACAGGAUGUCAGGGUCCACCCAGGAGAUUUACGUAGACAAGGCAAAAGGAAGUUGAGAGCAGGAGAGUGCAUGCAAGAGGAUAAUAAUGUAUAAACAGCCUGUCAGUGCACAGAUCCUUUCAGUCAGUGGCGUUACAGGGUCAGCGCUGCCUCUUGCUAGCAUCCUCCGUUCUGGUGUAGCGGUACUGGAGACACGCAAUGCUGCCAGAUUUAGAGGUCCCACCUGCUUAACGCUUUGCGGCUUCUUCUGCCAGCCAACGGGAGUGAAAAAUGCUGAGCCUCAGGAGCAGGAGGGCAAGCCUUUUCCCUAAUUACAAAGUUGGGCUGAGCGCGUGCGAUGGCAGAGACUCCGAGGGGGACUACAGCAUCCCAUUCGCUAAGGACAGCUGGGUCAAGCAGUGGAAUUCCAUGGAGGAUGUGAGCAGGGACAUUUACGACAUCUACGCCGAGUAUGAGGAAGAGGAGAACCAGUCACCUUUCAGACUCUCCUUGCCUGCCAAGAAUUACAUGCUCAACCUCAACGUAGGGGGAAAGGUGUACCAGAUCUCCUCCAGGGAGGCAGCAAGGUACCCCAAAACCAGGAUUGGGCGGCUGGCUAUCUACACAGAUCACAACAGGAAGCUGGACCUCUGUGAUGACUACACCGUCCAGAACAACGAGUACUUCUUUGACCGGGACCCGGACAUCUUCCACAACAUCUUCAACUUCUACAGGACGGGCAUGCUCUGGAUUAAGGAUGAGCUGUGUCCCCGGAACUUCCUGGAGGAGAUCAACUACUGGGGCGUCCGCAUCAAGAACGCCCACCGCUGCUGCCGGAUCUCCUUCGAGGAGCGGCACGACGAGCUCAACGACCACCUGAAGGUGCAGCAGGAGCUGCAGGACGAGGUGGAGAUGGAGGAGAACGACGAGCUGUUCGAGAACAUGGCCAUGGGCCAGGUCCGGCGAGCCGUCUGGCACCUGAUGGAGAAGCCCUUCUCCUCCAUCAAGGCCAAGCUGAUGGCGGUGGCCUCCAGCUUCUUCGUGCUGGUGUCACUGGUGGCCAUGUCGCUCAACACGGUGGAGGAGAUGCAGAACGAGUCGCCCGCUGGUAGGCAGCGCGGGAGGACCUACGGGGAGUGCGUGGAGAGCUUCUGCAUCGCCUUCUUCACCGUAGAGUACCUCCUGCGGCUGCUGUCCACACCCGACCUGCGCCGAUUCGGCCGGAGCGUGCUCAACGCCGUGGACCUGAUCGCCAUCCUGCCGCAGUACCUGCAGGUGGGGCUGGAGCUGCUGGAGACCGAGGACUACGGGGUGCAGGACAGCGACCUGAAGACGGUGGGGCAGGUGGGCAAGGUGGGCCAGGUGCUGCGCAUCAUGCGCCUGAUGCGCAUCUUCCGCAUUCUGAAGCUGGCGCGCCACUCCACGGGCCUGCGGGCCUUCGGCUUCACCCUGCGCCAGUGCUACCAGCAGGUGGGCUGCCUCUUCCUCUUCAUCGCCAUGGGCGUCUUCACCUUCUCCGCCAUGGUCUACACCGUGGAGCGUGACGUGCACCAGACCAACUUCACCAGCAUACCCCACGCCUGGUGGUGGGCAGCGGUCAGUAUAUCCACAGUGGGAUACGGGGACAUGUUUCCGGAGACGCACCUGGGCCGACUGUUCGCCUUCACCUGCAUAUCCUUCGGGAUCAUCCUGAACGGCAUGCCCAUCUCCAUCCUGUACAACAAGUUCUCCGACUACUACGCCAAGCUGAAGGCCAACGAGUGCAUGUCCAAUUUCAAGAACCGCGGCAAGGUGCGGUUCGCCAAAAGGGCGGCCAGGAAAAUGGCGGAGUGCUGUGGGGGCACUCGCCACUCCUGACCAAUCAACAGCCGCCCCGCUCUCCUGAAGAAUGUACUGUAUGUGAAGGGAAAGCAUAACUAAAAUGCUAUACUUUUUUUAUCACUACAUAGACUGUAAGCUGAGCUGCAUUUAGUAUACCGUUGUGCAAUGUCCAUAACAAGCCUAGACAGUACAAAGAAUCUGAGCCAAACGUGAUAACCGGGAAACUUUUGUGUGCCACUGGUCCGAUAAGAAGAGGGAAGUAUUUUCAUUGUUGGCUUUCACUCAGCUAUAGCCUGAAGUUGUAAAUCUGCCCCAGUAUAUCAGGGGAAUAUUGUUCAAGCAUAGGGUGGGAUCAGAGGUAGAAAGUCCAAAGGUCAGAAAGUUAAAGUCCUGCCUUGUGUUUCUACCACCUAUGAACUCAGCCAGCUGAAUACACAAGUUAGUUCAAAUCUAGUUUCUGAUCCUGGAUUUUUCACCUGUGUGUGGGACGAAUUUCAUUUUCUUGAUUCAAAUUCAGGAUUUUUUUUUUGUGUUCUUUUCAAACCCUGUUCUAUAGUUCAGCCAGAUCAUUGUAAACUUAUUUUUUGAAUGACUUUUUUUUAAACUUUAAUUAUUUUGAUUUAUAUUUAACUGUAUGAUGGUGUUUAGAAUAUAAUUGUCUUGUUUCUUUGCCAAAUAUCUGUGAAGAGAAGUGAAUAAACCCUCUGGUCACGUUCUGGUCAAAACUGACUGACUUGCAGCUUUCCUCCGCCAGAAAAGUGGUUUCUUUCAUUUAACUGCUUCAAAGCUCCAUGAAUUUAUUCAUACUAGGCAUUGGAACGUAUGGCAUCACCACUUUCAUAACAAUUAAUGCUUUAUGAUUGCUUUAUAAACAAUUAUCUCUAUCAGAAAUUUCACAU